AAUGACAUGACGCAGUACUCACUAUCUGUCGCGCUUUAACGCGAUAAAAUAUGAUAAAGGGACCGUAGUCUGUAAGAGUGAUACCAGUAUAACAUCGGAGCGCGUAGCAGCCGGAUCACCGGCAUUAACGAGCUCACUAAAAGGAUCGUGGCCCAUCUUACAUUAACACCAUCUAAGUCUGAACGGUCUACUGAGUUGACGCCAUUGUCAUGAUGGAUGUGUGGAUAGUGACUGCGGCCCUGCUCGCUGUGGUCGCGGCAGCAGCCUAUUACUACCUGAAAAGCGUCUAUAGCUUCUUCGACAACACCGGCAUUCCAACCGUGCAAUCGUUGCCGGUCUUGGGUAGCCUGUGGAAAGUAUUCCUGGAAAAAGACAACAUCGCCGAAGUAGUUAAACAAACUUACAAUGCCCAUCCAGAAGCCAAAUACGUAGGCUUCUAUGAGUUUCUCACGCCGACGAUAUUGCUCCGAGACCUGGAAUUGAUAAAGUCCAUCACGGUGAAGAAUUUUGAACAUUUCCAGGAUCACCGCUCGAACGGGAAUACAAUGGAAUGGUUGUUCACUAAAAACUUAUUUGCUUUAAGCGGAGAACGAUGGAAAGAAGUGAGAAAUAUGCUGACCCCAGCCUUCACGUCGAGUAAGAUGAAAGCGAUGUACAAAUUGAUGAACGAUUGUGCAGUGCGGUACGGAGAAAUUUUGGCUACGAUGCCCGUAAAAGAAAGGUCCAUGGAGCUGAAGGACACGUUCGCCAGAUACACUAACGACGUGAUCGCCACCUGUGCAUUCGGAGUGACCGUGGAUUCGAUGUCUGAUCGUAACAACAAAUUCUACGUGUACGGCAGAAGGGCCACGAAUUUCGAUACCUGGCAGACGACUAAGUUUUUUUUGUUGCGUAGUAUACCUCUGCUUCACAGCGUGUUCGGUAUGAGAGUAAUCAGCAAAGAAAUAACAGACUUCUUCCAGGAUUUGAUUUCGUCUACCAUUAAAACUAGGGAUGAGCAGGGCAUCGUGCGGCCGGACAUGAUUCAGUUAAUGAUGGAAACUAGAGGAAAAUUGGGUCCAGGCAAAGAACUGACGAUCGAGGACAUGACCGCGCAAGGGUUUCUUUUCUUCUUCGGCGGGUUCGAGAGCACCUCGACCCUGAUGUGCUUUGCCGCAUAUGAAGUAGGAGUGAAUCCGGAGGUUCAAAAGAGAUUACAGGAAGAGAUCGACGAGGUACUAGAGAACGGCAAAGGAGAGGUGUCUUAUGAGGCGAUUAACAACAUGAAGUAUCUUGAGGCUAUUAUAAACGAAGCUCUAAGGAUGUAUCCGGUGACCGUUGUAGCAGACAGAGCUUGUACGAAACCUUUCGAGCUGCCGCCGGCACUGCCAGGAGGCAAACCGUAUCUAAUGAAGGAGAAUGAAUAUCUUUGGAUACCAAUCUACGGGGUGCAAUUCGAUCCUCAGUACUUUGAGGAACCGAUGAAAUUCAAUCCGGACCGUUUCCUCGACGAUCCGAAGAAAAUCCUGAAUUCCGGAACGUUUUUGACCUUCGGCUUGGGUCCGAGAAUGUGCAUCGGCAACAGGUUCGCGCUUCUUGAAGCCAAGGUGUUGCUGUUCCACGUGUUCGCUCGCUGCACCCUCAAACCAAAUGAACGAACACCUAUACCGAUGAAGUUGAGCAAGAAAGGGUUCCAACUGACGGUUGAUGAUGGAUUUUGGUUCGACGUCGUGCCGAGGAAAAUCGGCACCCCCGUACUUGUGAAUUGCAUGAGCAAUGGCAGUGCUGCAUAUUAACUUUAACUUUGAAAUGUAUUUGUGGAGUAAAAUUUUCUAUUUUGGUAAUAUAUUUCUUUACAGUAGCUUGAUGUUCAAAGGAGCGCCUAGAUGGUGUUAUUCAUGGGUAGGAAGGAAUAUAAAUCAGACGAGGUAUUAAUGAAUAUACUUCUGAAGUGCAUUACCCAACUGAAGACAUUCACGUCUGACACUUUAUCUACUGAAGGAUUACUUUUACUAAUCAUUUUCCUUCGAAUGUUAAGUCUAAGAAAAAUAUUAGUUUACAUAAAGAAGAGUUAUUAGUUCAUGUUUAUAAUGCAAUUGGUAUUGGCAGUUCUAUUGAGAAAUCCUUUACUGUUAUUUAUAGAUUUUAAAAAACUGUUGAAUAGCCAUGAGAAUAACCGUGAUCAUAAAAUUAAACGUCCGGUAUUCAAAAUACUUGUAUCUUUUUUUUCUUUAGUACUAUAAUUCAUGCACUGCAUAUGGUGGCGUAUCCGGGAAUUCCAAAAAAUCCCGUUUUUUGUGCUGUUUUAAAAGGUACUGCAAUAAACUAAAACUACAUUGUCCUACACCUGUUUGCUGUAAUAAAUACAACUGUUCGAAAUUGUAAACCUGAACGCGCAAUUUACGUGUCAUAAUCCGACAAGCAGUAAACCCUUAAAUAAAGUCUAAACAGCAUAUGCAGAGUGUUUCUAUAUUAUUGCGCAAAAUAAUAGAGCGUGCACAACUCACUAAAUUGAGUAAAAACACCCCAAUAAAAAUAAAAGUAGGUUUAAUUUAAAAAGAAUGUAUGGGGACCGAAUGAAGAACGCUGAUUUAUUUUGAAAAGAAUCAGUGAUACGAACAAAUGUGUCAAAAGAAUGGUUCUAUUUACAAAUUUUAACGAUCUCACCAGGACGUUUCAAGGUAACGUCGCGAUCAAAGACCUCCCGCCGUGACAAAUACUAUUGCAUACUCAGUAACUUUAAUUUGACACAUUUGUUCGUAUCACUGAUACUUUUCGAGAUAAUUCGGUGUUCUUGAUUUGGUCCCCACACACUCUUUCUUUACAUUAAACCUACUUUUAUCUUGGAAACCAUUUUUGAGCUCUGGACCCACGUUUACUGGUUCUUUUUUACUCAGUUUAGUGAGUUAUACACGCCCUAUCAUUUGUGCUCAAUAGUUUAGAAACAUACUGUACAUAAGAAUCACGUCAUUCUUACGGUUCUGUCAAUUAGUUCCGAAUACUCUUCAUUCUCAUUGCAUCAGCGACUCAAGAUUUCCUAAGGUGUAAGUCAUCCUAUAGGCGAGAACACACGUGGUACUAACUCGCAUAAAAGCAUACCAGGAGCUAACCAGUGAUACCUACCAGCACGUUUAUACGUUAAAAAAAAAACGUGCUUCGAAUAAGAAUAUGAGGAAAUCGUACGGCAUUCGAUGUUUGGCGUGCUAAUGGCACACGGUACGAGGCGGGGAUAGGGAACGGUACAAAACAAAGCUAAACUGAAAACGUUCGUAACGUGACGUAAAAGAUUGAGAUAUAUCAUUUAAGCAUCUUUGCUUUUCACUUUAUUCUGUUUAAAAUAAACAUGAACUACUAUUUUUAUUAUUUUUAACUUAAUUAGUUUAGUUUCCUUAGAUUAACAUUACUCCGCAAACUAAAUCUGUGGUAAUUACGAAUUAUAAAUUGCAAUUAAUUGAUGUACGCAUACACUGUGUCUAUUAUUCAGUUAUAAAAUUCAUACUUACAUCUCUAGCAGCUGAUACUACGGGCAGGGGUUAUAUAAUAUUAUCAGUAUGAUAAACAUCGUUUCUGACACAGCGAUAACAAUAAUAAUAAAAACGAUGAAUUAUGGCAUUGCGUGUAUCAGAACUUUGAAUCAAUGUUAGAUAAUUUUAGAAGUAUUACAUUUUUGUUUAAUUUGAAUGGAAGUUUAUAUUAAUUACGUAUUUACUGCGUAUGUAUCAUAACUACGUUGACCAUAUGCAAUAAAAGGUACAUAAGGAUGAAAAAGUGACAUUAUUAAUUAUUAACGUAACAUAUUAUUAUAGUAUGGGUUUUAUUUUGGAUCAACACAAAACUGUAUUAAAAUUAGUAAACAUAAUGUGUGAAUUA